AUGGCGAAACGAUCAUCCCACGCGCUCUUCAUUGUAGUGAUCGCUCUGUUCUGGGCGCGUGUCUGCAAGGCGAAGGAGAGCGUGUACGAGGUGCUCCCCAAGUUCGGGCUCCCCAGUGGUCUGUUACCGGACACCGUCACCGACUACACGCUCCAAGAGAAUGGCCAAUUCACCGUCGUAUUGGCGAAGCCAUGCUACAUACAGUUCGAGUACCUGGUGUACUACGAUAAAAAGAUCACCGGCAAGCUCAGCUAUGGCUCCAUCACGAAUCUGAAGGGCAUCCAGGUGCAGCGCCUUCUCCUCUGGUUCAACGUCGACGAGAUCAGGGUCGAUUUGCCCCCCUCCAACAGCAUCUACUUCCAGGUCGGCAUCAUCAACAAGAAACUCAACGUUGACCAGUUCCAGACCGUUCAUUCCUGCCGCAAAUCACUCUCCUCCUCUUCCCCUUGCGGUCAUCGUCGAAUUAAGCUUCCUGCUCCGGUAGAUGAAAUUCCCAUGCUUCUCACGGAGUAG